GGCCACACACCUGGCAGAGCCUGCUGUGGCCCUCCCCGCUCAGAAAUGGCGAGCUCCCAGCUGCUGCCGCUUCUGCUCCUGGCUCUGGCGCUGCUACGGAGGCCGCCAGGGAAUUCCUCUACUCUUGCCUUUACAGGUGUUGCCUUUACAUUGAUCUUGGAAAACAGAGCGAUGACAGCGACUCCUACCAGCCCCACGUCCAGUUUAGAGUCCACCCCCAUCAGCUCCCUAAGCCAGGCAGAACCAAGCCCCGCCAGCCACACGAGCCCCCCAAAUUCACAGUCCACCCCCAACAGCUCCCUAAGCCAGACAGAGCCAAGCUCCGCCAGCCACACGAGCCCCCCAAAUUCACAGUCCACCCCCAACAGCUCCCUAAGCCAGACAGAGCCCAGCCCCACCAGCCACAAGAGCCCCCCAAAUUCACAGUCCACCCCCACCAGCUCCCUAAGCCAGACAGAGCCAAGCCCCACCAGCCACAAGAGCCCCCCAAAUUCACAGUCCACCCCCACCAGCUCCCUAAGCCAGACAGAGCCCAGCCCCACCAGCCACAUGAGCCCUAGCUCCUCAAAUCCAGAGACAGCUCCCGCGUCUGCACCACCAGGGACAGUCACGCACCCCAGUGCUGGCCCCCCCAGUUUAGAGUUCACCUAUUCCACUCAACCCAGCUCCACACACUUGAACUCCCACUGGAUUUCCACUCCCCCCAGCCCUGGCCAGGGUGACCCUGGCGUCCCCACGUCACACAGAAACCCAGGCGUGGUGGUGGCCGUGUGCUUGUUGGUCUCUGUCCUCCUCAUCGGGUCCGUGGUGAUGGCCGUGAGGUCCUGUCACCGAGAAGCAUCCAGGUUCCAUAGGCUGGAGGAAGAGUCCCUGGGAAGUGAGAGCCAAAGGUCAUCCUUUGCCCGCCGCACACCAGAGUGACCGUCCUGGGGCCGAGAGAGACCGGGGCUCAGGUGGGGCUGGGGCAGCUGAAGAAACCAGCCCCCUCCCGUGCUGCACAGCAGCCAGGAUCUGUAGCCACAGCUGCUUGGAGGCUGAGGCAGGAGGAUCGCUUGAGCCCAGGAGUUUGAGGCCAGCUUGAGCAACAGAGUGAGACCCCCAUCUAAAAAAUAAACAAAGUGCCUAUGGUUCAUCGGAGGCUUCCUGAGUCAUAGAUUCAUGUGACCCACAUUAUGGGGGUGCUCACGUGUG